AUGCAUGACAGAGCAAGCGACAAGCCGCCUAGCGUCUUCACGCGUCUCUUCCCGACUACGGCGCGAGAUGCAACGGUUGAGCACCUCAUGGAUGAUUACAUAGACAAUUCGGGCGGAUCAUCAUCCUCCAAACAUGGAGAGAAGGCAACCCAGCGAAAGGGCUUGACGCAUCAUCCGAACCACUCGAUCUCCACUACCGCCACCGCGGACAGCAAGCAGUCUGGCAUCUUCCGUUUCGGUAGAUCGAUCGCUUCGUCGUUUAACCCAGUCAACCUUUGGCGUAGCGUACAAAACAAUUGGAGAGAGUCUCGGGAGGAACUGAUACAGGAGGCGAUUGAGGAGGAGCGCGAGAAGCAGUUUCGGGAGAGGCAGGCGAUGGCAGAGGAAACUUAUGCUGAGCUCAAACGGACUGGACAGCUUGGUGCUCUAGGCACUCAGACAAUGCCUCGCAAUGCGAAGAUCUAUGCCGCGGGUUACACCAGCUCGACGGGAAAAGAGAAUACCACUGGCACAUUCCGAGAUUCAGCCAUUCAGAUUGACGAUGCUCGAUCCUCCACUGAGACCAAGGAGAGCCACCGAGUGGCAAGAAUACUGGGACCGCAAGACACGGCAGACCGUACCGCGAACCGGGGACCACUGUUUGGCUUCAAAUCUCCAUCGCUCACGAAUCUUAAGAAGGUCCGUUCUGAAGCUCAUCUUGGCCACAAGCAAUCAGGCUCUUCAUCGCUUUCGCCGGAAAGGGCUAUAGAAGAACACCAGUCACUCCGCAAGGCGAAAUCAAAGAAGGAUCUUCAAAAGCAGCAGAAGCUCAACAAGCGCGUCAGCGACCUCGAGGCGAAACUGUCGGAAGCUCGCCUUCAACUGAAUCUCGCGCUUGGUGAAGCUCAUCCAUUACCAGCCUUACCGCCCAAGCCAACGCUCGAUCAUGCGUAUAGAUCACGUAGCAACUCUCCGUUCAAAAAAGCCUUUGUUCCUGGGCAGCUUCCAUCGUUGCCUUCUGAGCGGAUCCUCUUCCCAGAGCUUCUGGAGGUGGAGAGAAGCCCUGAAGGCCAUGGCACCAGCCGUGUUGAGCACUCCGUUCAAGAAGCGGUGGUUCCCGAGUUGUCUACGCCACCAGUGUCUAUCAAGCCAGCAACUACUAACCCUCCGGCCUCGCAAGACGCGCAACCAAGUGAUAUCUGGACUGCAGACAUAGAACCUGCCCCAAAGUCCCGAGCAGCUCCUCCCAAGGCCAGCAAGAAGCGCAAAAGCGGCAACAAGAGCGACCUCACCUACAAAGCAUCCGCAGAGCCCGAAGACGACGCCGAAUGGGAGGCCGCCUCGACCCCGAAGAAGAAGCGCGCAACCGCCAAGACCACCGCCAAAUCGAGCCCCAAAAGCAAAAAGAAGCGCGAAUCUGUGCCGGCUUCUUCCGCCUUCGCUACUAGGACAACUUCGCUGCAGGCGCAGAUCUUCGAGGACCCUGAGCCAGCGGUCCAGUCCUCUCCCACGCGCACAAGCCUCGAACUCACGACCGUGGAGGAAGAGACAACCGUAACGACCACAAUAACCACCAUCGCGAUCAACGACGUUCCGAAGAAGCCGACGGCGUUUGCGACGCCCUCGCAUCCGAGUAAGCAUCGCGCGAGGAGCAGGAGCCGGGAGCCGAGCAAGGAUGGACGCGGACGCUCUGUGUCUCCGCCUCCAGGAAACGGCUACUUGAAUGGGCAGAUCGAGGAGGAGGACGUUGUAGAGCUGGUGCCGGAUGGAGGAGAGGUGCUGCCGCUGCCGACCAUGCCGCAGGGGCUGGAGCUGGUAAGGGAGGAGUUUGAGUGGCCGGAUGAUGUGUUUUGA